CAAUUGAUUGGAAAAACCAGAUAAUAACUAUGGUCAAAUAUAAAGCUGGUCAAGUCAUCCUUGAGGAUAAACCUUUUGUCCAUGUAUUGAAUUUAUCUGAAAGAGGAAAACGUUGUGAUCAAUGUUUCAAAUUAAGUCCAAAGCUUCAGCGUUGCUCACGAUGUAAGGUUAAAUUUUACUGCUCGAAAUCAUGUCAAACAGAGGAUUGGUCAAGUGGUCAUAAAUUGUCCGAGUGUUUACUUUAUGCAACCGAUAUGAGUAAAUUUAAUGGUCGAUUAAUCAACCUGGAUACACCACGAUUACUACUUCGAUUAUCACUUAUAUUGACCAAAAAACCUGAGCAAAAGACGAAACCUUUGGCAAUUAAUCUUAAUGAUGGUUCACCUCGAUCAUUUAAUUCCUUAAUGGAUCAUAAGGAUAAUCUAUUGAAGGAUCGAAAUCGAAUUCAAAUAUUCGAGGAAAUGUGUUACCUUUACACGACCCUUGGUGUUUUUCUUGAUCCCGAUUUAAUCUUAUCAAGUUUCGGUCGAUUGUUGAUCAAUGGAUUUACCGUUUUGGAUUCAACAUUCGCCGAAAUUGGUUAUGGUGUUUUCAUCGGUGCUUCUCAGUUUGAUCAUAGCUGUAAACCCAAUGGUGUACCCGUUUUCGAUGGGACAACAUUACAAAUUCGAGCCAUGACUGAUAUUGAUACUCAACUUGAACCAAUACUAAUCACUUAUCUCGAUAUAACCAUGUCGACCGAUAAACGCAAGGAAACAUUGGCCAAUAAAUAUUAUUUCAAUUGUUGUUGCCCUCGUUGUACUUCAGGGCCAAACAUUGAGAAAGAUUUUGAGAGCAGAUUAACGCAAUUUAUUAAAUUAACCAGUGAAAGAAAAUGGGUUCAAGCUGAUGUUCUGGGAAGACAAUUGUUACCAGUUUUCGAGAAUUAUUUUCAAUAUCAUCAUCCUGAAUUAACGGUUCAUCUCAUGCAAUUACUACAAGUCCGUCGCAAUUUAGGUGAACAGGUUUACACAUUGAGAGAUAAAAUUACCAAAGAGAUUAGUGAUAAAUUGAAAUCAGCAAUUUUAAUCACUCAUGGAUCUGAACAUACUCUUUUUAAGAAUGAUUUUAUUGAUUUACUUAGCGAUUUAUCAAAUGAUUAAGAUGAUUUCAUGUGAAAAACAAAUAAAGAACCAAAUAGAUUGACCAAUUGGUUGUUUAGUUGUAUUGAUUGGUCAGUAAUAAAGUACAAUAGAGAGAAGCAAAAUCUAAAUUAUCGUAAUUGUCAUUUUCUAAUCAUCGAAAUGAUGAUAAUUUAUCACGAACAGAGAAAAUAAAAUAGAACAACAGAUGGCAGAAUAGUCGAA